CACGACUCCAGCUGGAAGCUUCUCUGGGCUGCACCAGAAAACCCCCGUACAGCUCCCUCGCCAGGUCUCCCCGGGAUCCGUGUUUUGCAUCGCUCCUCAAUUUGCAUUUCUUCCUCAGAUUUUCCGUGCGACGGGUUCAGCCGCUCGAAACCAGCGGGCGCUCCACGGCUCUAUUGUACGUGCGCCUCCAUUUCCAAAGCAAUACGCACAGAGAAGAAAAACACCUCUGGAAAUUUUGAAUAAUGUUGCCGAAGCCCCAGGAGCGGGGAAAUUGAGGACAUUUUGAUUCUACUGUUAUUUCUGUUGCGUACCUACGGAGACAAACACGUGUCUUCGGGGUAAACAGAAAGGACUAGAUCGUGUCAGCAGAUUGCAUUGUUUUUUCUCCUUUUGUUUGUUAUAGACGACCGGGUUCAAGCUUGGCGACGAGCUAUACAUUUCAGUUUGUGCGCCUUGGUGAUAAAGACGCAUUUGGAGAUGUCGGAAGUGCUGCCUUUCAACGAAGAAAAAAUGAGUCAUUAUGGAAAUGAGGGCGACGAGGGACACCUUUCCUUCACCUGUCGUCUUCAAGACACCAACAACUUCUUCAAUGGCUCACAGAAUAAACGUCCGCCGAAACUCGGACAAAUAGGCAGGAGCAAACGGGUUGUGAUCGAGGAUGAGAAUGGCGACGACGAAGCACUGAAAAAUGGAACAGAGAAGACCCCGGCAGAUGCUUAGAGCGCUCGGCUCAUCACCCCCCAAAAGACACUCUUGAAAUUUUUUAUGGCGAUAUUUACCAGUUUUAAUCCAAAGACACUGUAUAUAAGCACUUUCUCUCAUGUGGCAGCAAGCAGCACUUCCACACCCUCCUCUCCAAGUCAGUCAUGGCCAUCUGGGUGACACACUGGCAGGGGCGGGAGAUGGCAGUGAAGGAGACCCCCAGGUGGACCCCCCCCCCCCCAACACAUACACACAAACACACACCCUCGAUUACAGGGUUUCGCCAUAAAUCCAAAAGCGGGAGAAGACAACAACGGGGGAGCGGGGGGGCGAUGUGGAUGAAGGAGGCGAUGCUGUCGAAAUGCAGAAAUCAGGGACAGGAUAGAGAAAUAAAUCUAAUAUAAAAACUAAAGCACACACUUCUCCUAUAUAUUAUCAAUCAAACCUAUGAUAGCAUUCUUUCUGCUCUUCAUUUUGAUCGAGGGCAAAUGAAUAACAGAGUUUGUAAAUAUGGAAAGGGUAGCCCAUAUUUUCUUGCACAAAGUGGGAAUUGGUAAACUGUUUGUUCUCUGUGUUGAAGACUUUAUUUAUUGAUCCUUUGGAAUAUGUCUUUUGCAGUGACUUGAGGCCAGAGGGAGUGUUUUUAUGUAUGUUGAGAAAACUUUGAGCGAAUGAGAGUGAUGUUUUUUUUCACUUAACAAUUCUCGAUGUUGCCUGAGUGUUUUUUGUUACCAUACUUUGCAGCUAACAAGUCAUUUAUAUACAGUGUACCUCCCACCUGUUUGUAAGCUUCCCAGGCUUUCACCUGGAUUGGUUGAUACUGUAACUUGACUGUACACACCCUAUUGAUAAACUAUUUAUAUUGCAUUGUGCAUUAUCGUGUGUGCCAAAUCUCAUGAGGGGAUAUACUGUACCGGACAACUUGUUCUUUUAUGUGCUUUAUACAUUUAACUCAUACAGUUGUUUUGUUGGGUUGCCAUUUUUAGGGCUCUUUCUUAAAACACUGAAAUACCAACUCAUGCAUGGCAAAUAUGAAAUCAUGCAUGCACGGCAGAAGUUCUGAAACUCUUGUGUAUUCUUGAAGCACCUCGUAUACAGCUUUGAAUGACAAACCUCGAGAAACAGUCUUAAUUCUGCGUUGUACUGUACGAUUCACACUGAUUUGUACAGUGGCCUAAUAUCUUGUAAUAAAGACUAUGACGAACUACUA